CUUCCCGAGCGGCUGCAGGUGGCGUUGCAGCGAGAGAGAGGCGCCCGACCACCGCCUUUGCACCAUCGCAAGCACAACACCGCGCAACAGCAGCCGGCGCGGCAGCAGCAUCCUCCAUCGCCCGUGUCCACAAACACACUUGUUUUUUUUUACCCCCUCCUCCAUCGGAUUUAUUCUUUUAACCGAGAUGCUCGCCAGUUGCCUUUAAUGAGCGCCACGAAGCUCGUCUUCAUCACCAGGCGCAGCCAUUUGGACAUCCGCAGCAUCAUCAUCAGCCCCCGUCUGGACUGCCAAAACCGAAGCGAGACCAGGUGAUCGCGGACUCCUCUGAGGUCUCCUCGGUCCGGUCCCACAGCAGCAGCAGCUAGCAGGCCGGCACCAUCCGCACCUUCUCCACGCUCCCCCCGGCAGGCAGAACAAGCACCCCCCUGUCGCCAUGGGAACCGUGCUGUCCCUGUCGCCCAGCUACCGCAAGGCGGCCCUGUUCGAGGACGGGCCGGCCACGGUGGGCCACUACACGGCGGUGCAGAACAGCAAGAACGCCAAAGACAAGAACCUGAAGCGCCACUCGCUCAUCAACGUGUUGCCGUGGAAACGCAUCGUGGCGGUGUCGGCCAAGAAGAAGAGCUCCAAGAAGGUGCAGCCCAACGCCACCUACCAGAACAACGUGAGCCAGCUGAACUCCGAGAACCUGAAGAAGUCGCAGUCGUGCGCCAACCUGGCCUCUUUCGGCCAGGACCAGAGCACCCCCGCCCUGACCAAGAGCGCCGCCAACAACAACAACAACGAGCCGUCGCCGGCCAAGAAGGCGCCCGCCCCGGCGCCCGGCACCCCCAAGAGGGUGAUCGUGCAGGCGUCCACCAGCGAGCUGCUGCGCUGCCUGGGCGACUUCCUGUGCCGGCGCUGCUACCGCCUCAAGCACCUGUCGCCCACCGAGCCCGUCCUGUGGCUGCGCAGCGUGGACCGCUCCCUGCUGCUGCAGGGCUGGCAGGACCAGGGCUUCAUCACGCCGGCCAACGUGGUCUUCGUCUACAUGCUGUGCCGCGACGUGGUCUCCUCGGAGGUGGCCGGCGAGCACGAGCUGCAGGCCGUGCUGCUCACCUGCCUCUACCUGUCCUACUCCUACAUGGGCAACGAGAUCUCCUACCCGCUCAAGCCCUUCCUGGUGGAGAGCUCCAAGGAGGCCUUCUGGGACCGCUGCCUGUCCAUCAUAGACCUGAUGAGCGCCAAGAUGCUGCAGAUCAACUCCGACCCGCACUACUUCACCCAGAUCUUCGCCGACCUCAAGAACGAGAGCCAGAAGGAGGAGGAGCGCAGCCGCCUGCUCAUCGGACUGGACCGGAGGGCCAUCGCCUGACCGGUGCUGGCGGUGUCGCAGCACUGACGGAGACAGCCGGCAGGAAGCCCCGCCCCCCAUCAGUGCGGACCCAAGUGGACUUGUGGCGCCCAAUGGGACAGCCAAGCUCGUCCCGGGGCCAGGCGCUCCUUCUGGAGGACAAAGGAC